AGCCUCGAUUUCGCCACACCAACUGGUGGAGUACGAAGUACAACACCUGCACUGUUUUGUGGAACAAAUUUCUUGACACAUCUAACGUGCAAUAAGAAACACAACUGACAGUUAAAUGUAACAGCUGCGCCAAUUUUGCCCCCAUGGAAUGGAAUGUGAUGAGUUUUCAUUCCACAACCAGUAAAACAUGGCUCUGAUACCCAGACUUCAGCUGCUAUUCACAAGGAUCAACCUUCGUCGUGGUAAGCAGUGUGCACUACAAAACCUGGGGAAGACAUUUGCCUUACAGAACCCCUCCCAUCUGGUGAAGGUGUCGUAUUCUGCAAGUCACUGCAUGAGCCAUACUGAACACCAAGGUAUUCAGGGAAGGCAAUGGCAACAAAGUUGCAGUAAUGCCUCACAACUCAAACCUGAUGCUGUGCAGGUUUGGAAAGAUUUGAGGAGAUUUUACAGUACAAAAGAACUGACUGUGGAGAAGAAACUGCGGCACUUCAUGGACAUGUGGGAGAUGGAGAAAGGGGUCAAGUUAUUACGAGAAUCGGUAGAUGAAGGAGUCAUUCCCCAUCAGAACAUAGUCCUCGAUCUCCUCCAGCAGCUGGCCAACCUUGGUGAGACUGAGUGUCUUCUUGACCUCCAUGAAUUCCUCACAGAGAAAAAACUGGUAACAGAUGCCAAAUUUUUCAACGCUUUAAAAGACGCUUAUUAUUACAGUGGGAGGCUUGACGAGGGUGUUGGUGUGCUGAGAAUUCUUUUUCAUCGAACGCGGAAGUUUCGUAAUGUUGAGAUUUUCUUUUGUUUACUGGCUGUGAUGGUUAUUCGACAUUUUCCACACAGGAUAGAUCUGAUUGAGGGAUUUGUGACAGACUUGAAAGAGUUUCAGACUCCUGUCAUCGAACCCGUGGCAUCACUGUGGAAGUGUUAUAUAUUGACAGAAACGUUUGAAAAAGCUGAAGAAGUUUUAGUCGAGAAUGAAGAGAUAAAAUCUCACAUACCGCAGAUGGUGUCAGACAUAUGUACAAGGUAUAACAAGAUUGAGGCUAACUAUGAUGUCGUGCUUCACCAUCUGAGGGACAAUCCUCAUAUCUCAGGCAGACUGAGAACUGCCCUGUACACUGAAUAUGCAGAAGUAUUAUGCAACAUGGUGAGACACGAGGAAGCUGUGGAUGUGUUGAGUGAAGCAAUGUCACUUGGCAUGACUCCUGCCAUGGAGAGACUGAGAAACAUCCUGGCCCAUCUGACGGAACAGGUUCAAGACGAUGACACCUCAAACAGACUUGCUUCCUUGCUGCAGUGGUGUGAUGAGCUUGAGGGAGCAAAGUGACGGUUUCUUGCUAAAAAUUAUUUAUUGGAAAUAGGGUUAAUUUGAUUGUCCAUGCAGCUUUGAUUGAAGCUGCUGCAACAAUGUCUUUGUCAAUUAAAAUUUGAUGAUGUAUAUAUUAA